AUGAGGGUGUGGUCAUGGGAACAGUGUGGGGAGACGGUCAUGGUCCUGCUGGGCUUCCUGACGCUGGCAGUAUCUGUGGGGAACCUGUCCACAAGGGGACUGCAGGAGGACGGCGUGGCGUCCAACAGUCUGGAGGAGGAGCUGGAGGUCACCACGUACUGGUGGGGGGAGUGGGCCAAGUGGACAGCCUGCACUCGUACCUGUGGAGGGGGAGUGAUGUCACAGGAAAGACACUGCCUCAAACAGAGAAAAAAAGUUGCUGCUGGGAAAGACAACAUGACCUGUACAGGAACUGCUAAGAAAUAUCAUCUCUGCAACACUAAAGAAUGUCCUGCGACGGGGAGGAGCUUCAGAGAGGAGCAGUGCUGGUCCUUCAACUCCCAGCUUUACAAUGGGAGGAACUACCAGUGGAAACCUCUGUAUCCUGACGACUACGUUCACAUCUCUAGUAACCCCUGUGACCUCCACUGCACCACCACCGACGGCCAGAGGCAGCUGAUGGUGAUGGCACGAGACGGCACUUCAUGCAAGUACAGCAGUUACCGCGGCGUCUGCGUGGACGGUAAGUGUGAGCCAAUCGGAUGUGACGGAGUACUGUUUUCCUCCAACACCUUGGAUAAGUGUGGGGUCUGUCAGGGGGACGGCAGCAGCUGCAGCAGGGUCACCGGAAACUUCCGCCGUGGAGCCAUGACUCUGGGUUACUCCUUUAUCACUCAAAUCCCUGAAGGAUCAUGGGACAUCCAGAUCAUUGAGAGGAAGAAGUCGGCUGAUGUUCUAGCUGUGACUGACCAGGCAGGCAACUUCUUCUUUAACGGGGCUUACAAGGUGGACAGUCCCCAGAACUUCCACGCAGCAGGAACCGUUUUUAAGUACCGGCGACCCAUGGAUGUCUACGAGACCGGGAUAGAGUACAUUGUUGCCAAAGGCCCCAUCGACCAGGCCAUCAAUAUUCUGGUGUGGAACCAGAACGGUCGCACACCGUACAUCACUUACGAAUACACCGUCCUUCGAGACUCCCUGCCACCCAUCCCACCUCCUCCACUCUACACGGGAUCAGACACCUCAGCCGGAGAGGUUUCUGUGGAGGUGGGGAGUCUGCUGCCACCGAACAGCAGUAUUUAUGACCAGGCGGCCCCUGAGGGCCAGUUAGAGCCGGGAGGGGCCGAGGUGCAGAAGGGCCAAGAGACCAACGAGGUGUAUGAGGAGACAGCGGAAAUCAGCUGUGACCAGGAUGUAGCAGCUGCCCCAAAAUCUACAGAAGGAAACAGCAGCCAUAGCACUGCCAAGCCUGCUACUGCCGGUGGCUCCCUGGAUGUGGUGCCAGACUCCCCAAAUCUCAUCUGGAGGGUUCUGCUGGAUGGCCGAAUUGGCCCAGAUGAGCUGCUCAUCAACAUCUCAACCAAUCAGCUGCUGACAGAGGGAGACAGUUUGUUCUCAUCAGAGGUGGGGCCAGUGGAGGCGGACCUGAGCAGCCUGGAGCAAGACAGGCUUAAUGAGACGCUGGAGUUUGCUCUGGGUCGCAAACGCAACGACAGCGGAGACAGUUCCUACCAGAACAAAACAGUGCAGAGUGGGGCAAGGACCUCCAGCCGCGCCAACAGAACAAGGGGGAAUCAAAGGAUUCACCAGAAGAACCUGAAGCUGAGUGCUGCUGACAUGUAUCGCUGGAAACUUUCCUCUCAGGAGCCCUGCAGCAUGACCUGCUCUAUAGGAGUGUCAAAGUCUUUCGUCACAUGUAUUCGUUAUGAUGGCAUCGAGGUGCACGAUAUGUACUGUGAUGCUCUGACCAGACCAGAGCCGGUCCACGACUUCUGUAUUGGGAGAGAAUGUCAGCCCAGAUGGGAGGCGAGCAGCUGGAGCGAGUGCUCAAGGACGUGCGGGGAGGGUUUCCAGUUUCGCCAAGUUCGCUGUUGGAAGAUGCUUUCACCAGGCCUGGACAGCUCGGUCUACAGUGACCUCUGCACCAUGGCUGACCUGGAGAGACCUAUGGAGAGACGGCCCUGCAAGAGCCCCGCGUGCGGCCCACAGUGGGAGGUGGCCGAGUGGACCGAGUGUCCUGCUAAAUGUGGCCGCAAAGCCCAGGUGAGCCGUGAUGUCCGGUGCUCCGAUGAGACCAGACCAUGUGACCCGAUGACCAAACCGCCAAAUAUCAAAAACUGCACAGGCCCUCCCUGCGAACGCCACUGGACUGUGUCCGAGUGGGGGCCUUGCUCGGGGUCAUGCGGCCAGGGGAAGAUGGUACGUCAUGUGUACUGUAAGGCUCCGGAGGGUCGCGUGGUUCCUGAGAACCAGUGCUCCGCGGAGAACAAGCCGCUGGCCAGCUACCCCUGUGGGGAGAGAGACUGUGCUCCACACUGGCUGAGCCAAGACUGGGAGAGGUGUAACACAACCUGUGGUCGUGGCGUGAAGCGAAGGAUGGUCCUGUGUGUCGGCAUCAGUGGAGGAAAGUUCCAGACCUUUGAUGAUGAGGCGUGUGGAGCCAGCGAGAAGCCUGAGGAGGAAAACACUUGUUUUGAAAGGCCAUGCUUCAAAUGGUACACCACCCCCUGGUCUGAGUGCACUAAGACGUGUGGUGUGGGUGUGAGGAUGAGGGACGUGAAGUGUUACCAGGGCAGGGAGUUGGUCCGAGGCUGCGACCCGCUCACCAAACCUGUGGCCAAACAGACCUGCACCCUGCAGCCCUGUCCCACUGAGCCGCCAGAUGAGAGCUGCCAGGAUCGUCCCUCUACCAACUGCCUGCUGGCGCUGAAGGUCAACCUGUGCAGCCACUGGUACUACAGCAAAGCCUGCUGCCACUCCUGCCGCGCCGUACGACCUCCAACCUCCUAGUCCAGGACACCACAGCCUCUCUCCACCCCGAAUCUAACUUCAGCACGAGGAAAGAAAUGGUUACGUUUAUGUACACGUGAUGCUACAGUUACUGUGAACAUUGAGAGGAAGCUGAAAGGCACCUGGAAGCACCUACCUGUUUUUAAGAAGCAGCGCUUCCUCCACUAGCUUGGUUUUACAUGGGUUCAUCUAUCAGUCGGAUAGUUCAAAUGAUUUAAGAUGAAAUCUGGUCAUCUUGAUAUCAGACAAAAACAUUUUGCCCUGUUGAUAUUUCAUCAACAGCAAUGUUCACAGAUACUGUACAACAGGAACACAUUUGUCAUUCUCUAUUUGCUCUUUUUCUUACAUCUUUUCCACUUUCUUUUUCAAUCACAAAUUGUAAUGUAAAAUAGAAAAAGAAUAUGUUUAAUUUGAGGGGAACUUUACUACUCUACUACUCAAAUUUUGAUUUGUUACUAUUACUUCCCAGUGUGUGUAGGGGGGCCUUUCAUAAAACAUUGAAAUCACCUGCAGCAGCCUUUCGUCUCGAGACCUCUGAAACAUUUCA